AUGGCGAUGAACACUUCUUCAGGUGCAAAUAAUAAUGCAUCGAACCAGCAGCCACGCAAAAUAUCGAAUCAAAAUAUUCAAGUUUAUGUGCGCGUUAGGCCUUUAAAUGCACGAGAACGAUGUAUACGAUCCGCGGAAGUAAUUGAAACGGUUUCACAUCGUGAAAUCGUAGCAAGGCAUACAAUUGAAUCGAAGCUGACCAAAAAAUUUACAUUUGAUCGCGUAUUUGGUACAGAUUCACGCCAAGCAGAUGUCUACAGCACAGUUGUGGCGCCUCUUAUUGAGGAGGUAUUGUCCGGCUACAACUGUACUGUAUUCGCUUAUGGACAAACUGGUACGGGAAAAACGCACACAAUGGUGGGCACUGAAUGCGCCGAGUUGAAGUCGUCUUGGGAAGACGAUUCUGACAUUGGUAUUAUACCACGCGCUCUGAGUCAUCUAUUCGACGAGUUACGUAUGUUGGAAAUGGAAUUUUCGAUGCGUAUUUCUUAUUUGGAAUUGUAUAAUGAGGAAUUAUGCGAUUUGCUAUCAUCAGAUGAUAGUGUAAAAAUACGUAUCUUUGACGAUAGCACAAAGAAAGGGUCAGUUAUCAUACAAGGCUUGGAAGAGAUACCAGUGCAUAGCAAAGAUGAUGUAUAUAAGCUUUUGGAAAAGGGUAAAGAACGACGAAAAACAGCUACAACAUUAAUGAAUGCGCAAUCGUCACGAUCGCACACAGUAUUCUCGAUUCUGGUGCAUAUACGUGAGAAUGGCAUAGAUGGCGAGGAAAUGUUGAAAAUCGGCAAAUUAAAUUUAGUAGAUUUAGCGGGCAGUGAAAACGUAUCCAAAGCGGGUAAUGAGAAAGGCAUACGUGCUAGAGAAACCGUAAAUAUAAAUCAAAGUCUGUUGACUUUGGGACGUGUCAUCACUGCUCUAGUAGAACGCACACCACACAUACCAUACCGAGAAUCCAAACUAACUCGUCUGCUGCAAGAAUCGUUGGGUGGUCGCACGAAAACAUCCAUAAUUGCCACUAUCUCACCUGGCCAUAAAGAUAUUGAGGAGACAUUGAGCACAUUGGAAUACGCACAUCGCGCUAAAAACAUACAAAAUAAACCAGAGGUAAACCAAAAACUAACAAAGAAAACUGUGCUCAAAGAGUACACCGAGGAGAUUGAUAAGCUGAAACGGGAUUUAAUUGCGGCAAGAGACAAAAAUGGCAUUUACUUAGCGGAGGACACAUACAACGAAAUGACGUUGAAAAUGGAUUCACAGAAUCGAGAAUUAAAUGAGAAAAUGUUGCUUUUGAAAGCAUUAAAGGAUGAGCUACAAAAUAAAGAACGUAUCUUUACUGAGGUUAGCUUAAAUUUGGUGGAGAAAACCGAAGAGUUGAAGCGCACGGAACAAAAUCUCAAUCAGACGCAAGGCGCAUUGCAGCAGACAAAACGGAUACUCAAUAGCACCAAACGACGUUAUAAGGAGAAGAAGGUUUUGCUGCAAUCGCACAUGAAAACCGAGCAAGUGCUGACGAAUCAGGCAUUGGAAAUUUUAGAUGUUGCCGACAUUGCCACAAAAGACACACAUCAGUUACAUAGUACAAUUGAGCGCAGAAAAGAUGUUGAUGUAAAAAUCCAAACUGCUUGUGAACGUUUUGCCGAACGUAUGCAUGAUAACUUCGAAUUAAUGGACAGUAGUUUAAGCACUCUGAAAGAGAAACAAGAUUCAUGCACUAAAAUGCUUCUAGAAGAAUUUGCUAACACCUCAAAUGCUCACAAGAAGCUGGUAAAUGAAAGCGGCAUGAAAAUACAGAAAGUCAACGAUUUAUGCAAAGAAUCGCUUGCAUCCACAAGCACCAUCAUUGAAAAAUGCUCACAAGCGCUUGGCGAUGCCAGCAGCGAACAAAAAAUUAAACUUACCAAUCUGUUUAAGGAGUUGGAGAGUAAACAAAUCGAAAUGAUUGCACAAAUGCAAGAGAAACUGCAAGAUUUAGUGCGGUACACAGAGCAACAAAAGGCAAACACCGAAAAGAUGUGUAAAACUGUUGUAGAAAAUCUACAAGAAAAAUCGCAAAAUCUACAAGCGCAUACCCAAAAACUAACGGAAUGUAUUGCUGAAACUAAACAGAUCUCCGAAACCAGCAUACAACAUUUGGCACUAAUGCAUGUCGAAAUAGAAAAUGAGCGCACAGCAGCUGCCGAAGAACGUACAAUAAUGGAGGAAAUCAUUGAAAAAUUGAAGAACUUGAAAGAGAAAUCCUACACGAGCCGAAGAACACGCGCUGACGCCAUUAACACGCUAACGGUAAAAUUAGAAGAUAACAUAUAUUCAACCAUCGAACGCUUAGAACAGAGCUCAACAUUUGCGCAAAACCAUUGCGAGGAGAGUUGCAAUGAGAACGUGGCAACGCAACAAGAGUUCGAAAAGCAAACUGCCGAAACACUGAAAUGCAACGAACAACAAUCAACUGCAGAGACAACGCUCAAGGAGCAGCUCAGCAGCAUGCAACAAGAUGGCUGCGUGCGCAUCGUUGAGUUCACCACUACGGCCGCCACACAUUUGGAAUGCACACAGAAAACACUUGGAACAUAUGUGGACGAAGUGAAGCGCGCACGUGUGGAGAGCGAAUCGAAACUUGACGAAGCUACUAAUGAUGUAAAGGCGAGUCUUACGGAAGAUGCCCACCGUUUCAAGCAACAUGUGGCUGUUACGUCUGGCUUAAUCAACGCCUCGCAGCAAAAUGUGCUGAAUUAUGCAAACACUUACAAAGAGCAGAUGGGCACUUGCGUCAACGAUGUGGACAAAUUUAAGCAGAGUGAGCUUAAGACGUACGCGCCAACAGGUGCUACACCAUCAAAGCGCAAUUUCGUUUAUCCUCGUUCAUUGGCGUCCACUUCGCCACACAUUGACAUCGUGAAACGUUUUCGUCAAGAGAACGAGUGGUCCGAUUUGGACACAACGGCGCCUAUUGAUGAGGGCAGCGAGGAUGAGCAUGAGUUGAAAAAUUCUGUGCAGGAAAUUUCACAAGCGGAAAUGCUACUCAACUCAACACCAAUUGAUCUAACAAAUGUAGUCACGCCGCAACCAAAUAAUGCCGCAAACAAAAAAUUAAAUGCCAUCUUAUCGAAAAAGCAGUUGCGCAACAGCAACUCAUUGUCUAGCGGCAGUUCACCACGCAAACCGUCGCCAGCCCACAAUUCAUCAGCACCAACUUCAAGAGCUAACAAGGAGAACUUGUCCUAAGUAAAAGCUAUCUGGAACGCUUUGAUUGUAUUCCCGUUCUUGCGGUUUACAUUAUUUAACUGUAUAUUUAUUUAAAACCUAAAAAUCAAAUGCUUGUACUUCACGCUGAAGGUAUGCUUAACUGCAGUUUGCGCUACUUAAUUAUGAAUAACGGCACUCUUUAACAGUCACCCGAAAGCAUGCAUCUAAUUGAAAACGACAAAAGUGAGGCGCGAAUGCAUAAGUCACUGCUAUGAAUUUCGAAAUUUAUUGAACUCGCAUGCAAUUACAACAAAAAU